AUGGCGUUUAAUCUGUUCGAAAGGCAAUUUCUUGGAGUUCACGGCUUACUUCCUCCAGCAUUCAUGACAAUAGAGCAGCAAGCAUAUCGAGUUAUGUCAAGAUUGCGCCAGCAACCCAACGACCUUGCCAAGUAUAUCCAGUUGGCCAGUCUUCAGGAUUUAAACGAGAAAUUAUAUUAUAAAGUGAUUUGCGACAACGUCAAGGAAUGUAUGCGCCUUGUUUAUACUCCCACUGUAGGACUCGCAUGCCAAAAAUUUGGCUAUAUUAUGAACAACGCAAAGUUAGCAGCACUAUUUCAUCAUAGUGAAUGUUCUCAGCCAUACUUCUUGUUCAAGGGGCUUAUAUAUUACCAUCAACGACAACAGUGUCAGCAAAAUCUACCAAAUUUUAUCGAACUGGCCUCAGAGAGACAUACAGUUCGAUUUCAAGAAGUUGCAAUUGUCGUAACGGAUGGUGAAAGAAUUCUUGGUCUUGGAGAUCUUGGCGCAUACGGCAUGGGGAUACCCGUUGGCAAGCUAGCUUUGUACGUAGCACUAGCUGGCGUGCACCCUGGACGCUGCCUACCGAUUACCCUCGAUGUUGGGACCAACAACAAGGUUAGCUUAUGAUA